AUGACGCGAUUUGCGUUGGCUGCCGGGUUGCCUCGCGAGAUCACCGUCAUCAUGCUGGUGGUGACGAUAUUGGGCUGCUUCCUGAUGGUUACUUCCGUUGCCAGUUCCCAGGAUGAGCCGGACGCUUCGUCGCUUUGGGAACGUCGUCUGAGCCAGCUGGAGCUGAAGCUGCAAAAUUUUUCAGAUGUGCAAAAUUCGAUUCUCAGCCAACAGAGCUCGCUGCUGGAGAGUUGGGCCAGCCAGUUUAACCAGAUGUUAACUCUGCAAACCAAGCACCAGCAGCGCAUCAUCAAGUCCUGCGACGAAGCGACCACCUCGGGACGGUACCGCCUGGAACUACCAGACUCCUCAGUCAAACCCGUAGUCUGCGACAUGAAAGAGCUGGACGGCGGUUGGCUGGUGAUUCAGCGUCGCUUCUCGGGCGCCGUCAGCUUCAACCGGAGCUGGGCCGAGUACCGGGACGGGUUUGGGUCGGUUGGCAAAUCGGGCGAGUUUUGGCUGGGACUGGAGCCGGUUCACCAGCUGACGGCGGGUGGAGGCUACGAGUUACUGGUGAAGCUUGAAUAUGAAUUUGACGAGGGAUAUGCUCGGUAUCAGCGUUUUGAACUGGCCGGUGAGGGUGAGGGGUACGAGAUGUUGGCUUUGGACGAGUACCACGGAAAUAUGGGCAACCAAAUGCAGUUUACGAAAAAUAUUAAAUUUUCAACCUAUGACAGAAACUACGACGAAAGAGCUACAAACUGUCCACAAGUUUAUGGCUGUGGUUGGUGGUUCAAUGGGUGCAGAUACGCGUGA